AUGUGGGUGAGCACCCUUACUUCGGCCGGGAGGUUACUCACUGUUACUUUUUCCCUUUACUUAGUAGUGGUUGCGCUUGUUUUGGCAUCAGAGGCAGUUUUUGUGGAGGAUCUAGAUGAAUCGUUUAAAGAAAACCGUAAAGAUGAUAUUUGGCUUGUAGAUUUUUAUGCCCCUUGGUGUGGCCACUGCAAGAAAUUGGAGCCUGUGUGGAAUGAAGUUGGUAUAGAAAUGAAAAACAUGGGCUCCCCAGUAAAAGUUGGGAAGAUGGAUGCAACUUCUUUUUCUAGUAUCGCAUCUGAAUUUGGAGUGCGAGGCUAUCCAACAAUUAAGCUCUUAAAAGGUGACUUGGCAUACAACUAUAGAGGACCUAGAACUAAAGAUGAUAUAAUUGAAUUUGCUAAUAGAGUAGCAGGACCUCUAAUCAGGCCACUUCCUAGCCAGCAUAUGUUUGAGCAUGUGCAAAAGAGACAUCGUGUACUUUUCGUGUAUGUUGGUGGGGAAUCUCCUUUAAAGGAAAAAUACAUUGAAGUUGCUUCAGAACUAAUUGUUUAUACAUACUUUUUUUCUGCCUCAGAAGAUGUACUACCUGAGUAUGUGACAUUGCCUGAAUUGCCUGCUGUUGUGGUCUUCAAAGAUGGAACUUACUUUGUAUAUGAUGAGUAUGAAGAUGGUGAUCUGUCAUCCUGGAUAAACAGAGAAAGAUUUCAGGGUUAUCUUCAUGUAGAUGGCUUUACAUUGUAUGAACUUGGAGAUACAGGAAAACUUGUGGCUAUUGCAGUCAUUGAUGAUAAAAACUCUUCAGUGGAACAUACCAGACUAAAAUCUAUUAUUCAGGAAGUUGCUAGAGAUUAUCGGGACCAUUUUCACAGGGAUUUCCAGUUUGGCCAUAUGGAUGGAAAUGAUUACAUUAAUAGCUUAUUAAUGGAUGACUUGACAAUCCCUACUAUUGUGGUAUUGAAUACCUCCAAUCAGCAGUACUUUUUGCCAGAUAGGCAUAUUGAGAACACAGAAGACAUGGUUCAAUUUAUUAACAAUAUCUUGGAUGGUACAGCUGAAGCACAGGGUGGUGAUGGAGUUCUGCAACGAAUCAAGAGAAUAAUCUAUGAUGCCAAGUCCACUGUAGUUUCUGUGUUCAAGAGUUCACCGCUUCUGGGAUGCUUUCUCUUUGGAUUGCCCCUGGGAGUCAUCAGCAUUAUGUGUUAUGGAAUCUGCACAGCUGAUACAGAUGGAGGAAUGGAUGAAAAUGAGGCAACUAAGAAGGAAAAUGGUGAUCGGGAGCUCACAGAUGAAGGCAGUGAGGAAGAACAAGAGGAAGAGAAGAAUGAAAACUAUACAGAACUUUCAGAUGGAGAGCUUAAACAGAAAAACAUAUUGGAAAAGAAAAAAGACUGAAUUGUUUAGCAAAAGAAUUCUCUAGAAUUUCCAAAUAGACUUAUUUAUUGAAGGUAGUCAUUUAUUGAUGAUCUUCAUGAAAGAGGACCUUUUUGUCUGCAUUAUGGUAGUUUUGACUUGCAUGUAUUCAAUUCUUUUCAAAUAUUCACAGGAAAAAUGAAAUUGGAAGUUCUCUUAAUUGUCUGUAAUAGAUUGUCAGAGAAGUGUAAGCCGAAGGAAUUUGCAGGUAAGACUCUGCUAUUUUUUUGGAAGAGUUUUUUGAAAUGUGCAUUAGAACGGUGAAAUAAAGAUGACACUGCUUGACUUUAGUGUAUGUGAUGAACUACUAAUAAUUUAGCCAGCUAAACACUCAUUUAUGUAAAAUUAAGGCUUGAAACCAAGGAAGAUUGAGAGAUAUGCAAAGUCUUUCAGAGGCUGAUAGCUAAAGACAGCUUAGUUUUCCAAAAAGUCACUUAUUUUACUUGUUGCACAUUAUUUUGGAAUAAAUAUUUUUUAAAAAAAAAUUAUAUAAAGUUAAAAGUAAAUUGUUAUGAAUUAGAGGACUGUUUUAUCAUGUAAUAAUAUAAUUACUGGCAGUUGAGAAUGUCUGCUUGAUAGAGGAAGUGGGUGGGAGUUAUAUGUUAAAAUAGGUUUUUAUUAGAGCUUUAUGCAGCUAAAAGUUACUGGAGAGCUACGUUAAAAGCUUCUUUUUAGAAGAGGACUUCCUGUUAAAUUGUUUUGUGUGAGCAGUUACACGCAUUCUUAAUGCAUAUCAUCUUACCUUAAAAUUUUCUGAAUCCACAGUGCAAUUUGAUGAGGGAAGACUUAAAUAUCAGAACCGUUUAACUGUUUUGUGUAACUAAUGACAAACUGUUUGAAUGGUGUAAACUUGUUUACAAUGUUAAAUUCAAAUUGUUACAUAUGUUUGAGGUUGUUGAUGUUGAUACUUAUGAGACUGUUACCUGCCCUGAAGAAGUGAGCUGAUGGAGCAUAACUGUAACAUUCAUAGAGAUUUGUCAGUGAGAUGCAUUUUCACUACCUAUUUAGUUGUAAAAGUCACUUUUAAUACAGCUCUGUGACUGUGAAAAGGACUAACUUCUCUCCAGGUUAAAAUCUUCAAGGAUAAGCUGUAAGGCAGCCUUUGACAUUGAUGUCAUGAACAGUACCAAGGGAGAGGGGAAAAAGAAAGGGGAAAAAAACAAAAAAACAAAAAACUUAUGUUGCUUCUCUCCUUUGUAUCCAUGGGGAUUUUUUUUGUUAUAUUACAAUAUACAGAUUUUCAUGUUGUCUGUAUAUGGCAGCUUGAUCACAUAA